AUGAGAUGGCAUAAAGAAAGACGAAUUGAUGAUGGUGAAUAUUUGCGUCAUCCGGCCGAUUCUAAGGCUUGGAAGGAUUUUGAUCAAGAGUUUCCAUGGUUUGCUAAUGAUGCACGAAAUGUUAGGCUUGGUUUAGCUUCGGAUGGAUUCAACCCAUUUGGUAAUAUGGAUAAUUCUUAUGGCAUGUGGCCUGUUAUAUUAAUCCCUUAUAAUUUACCGCCAUGGAUGUGUAUGAAGGAUCCAUUCUUUAUGCUAACAUUACUUAUACCUGGCCCUAAAGCACCUGGAAGAGAUAUUGAUGUUUAUUUGCAACCUUUAAUUGAAGAUCUCAUAGAACUAUUGGAAAUAGGUGUGACAACAUAUGAUGCUUGUUCUUUAACAAAUUUUCAAUUACAUGCUUCUAUCAUGUGGACUAUAAAUGAUUUUUCAACUCAUGGCAACUUGUCUGGAUGGUCUACUAAAGGAUACAUGGCUUGCCCAGUUUGCAAUGAUGACCCAUGUUCUGUUAGAUUAAGGAGUAAGUUGGGAUAUAUAGGCCAUCGUCGUUUCUUGCCCACUAAUCACACAUGGAGGCGAAGCAAGAAGUUUAAUGGGAAAGUGGAGAGUCGAAGUGCCCCUUUGGAGUUAUCAGGUGAGGAUGUGUUAAGGCAACUACAUGAAAUAAGUGACAGUCCAUUUGGUAAGCAUCCAAACAAAAGAAAAAGGAAACAAAAUCUUGAAGACCUUAACUGGUGUAAAAAAAGUAUAUUCUUCAAGCUGCCUUAUUGGGAAAAAUUGAAAUUAAGGCACAAUCUUGAUGUUAUGCAUAUUGAGAAAAACAUAUGUGAUAAUAUCAUUGGAACUUUGCUAAAUAUUGAUGGGAAAAAUAAUGACACUUUGAAAGCAAGACAAGAUUUAGAUGAUAUGAAUAUUAGGAAGGAAUUGCAUUUGGUUAAGAAAUCAAAUGGAUCAUAUGAAGUUCCACAUCCAUGUUAUAUGUUGACAAGAGAAGAGAGAUUGAAAUUUGCAGAAUUUUUGAAGUUUAUAAAGUUUCCAGAUGGUUAUGCUUCUAAUAUCUCUAGGUGUGUGAAUGCUGAUGGUAAACUUAUGGGUUUAAAAAGCCAUGACUGCCAUGUUUUAUUACAAAGAGUAUUACCUGUUGGAGUGCGUGGAAGCUUAGAAAAAGAAGUUACUACUGUGUUAUCUGAAUUAGGGGAUUUCUUUAGGAAGUUGUGUUGUAAGACCUUAAAGCUGGCAGAUUUAGAUGUCCUACGCAAUGAUAUUGUUAUCAUACUUUGUAAGUUUGAGAUGAUUUAUCCACCGGCUUUCUUCGAUGUCAUGGUACAUCUAGCAAUUCACCUUCCACAAGAAGCUGCCCUAGGUGGACCAGUACAAUUUAGAUGGAUGUUUAUGAUUGAAAGGUUCUUAGGCUCACUUAAACAUUAUGUGAGAAAUAAAGCUCAUCCAGAAAGAUCAAUUGCUGAGGGUUAUGUUGCAAAUGAAUGCUUGACUUUUCUUUCUCUAUACCUUAAUGGAGUAGAGACUCGUUUCAACAAACCAGAUAGAAAUAAUGAUAGACAAGAAACACAUGAUGGGUUGUCAAUAUUUUCACAUAAGGUUCGUUCGUUUGGUGCUUGGAACUAUGAAAAAUUAACCAAGGAAGAACUUAAUAAGGUUGAAUGGGGUUUACUUGAGAAGGGAAGUUUGACUAAUGUCAAUGACAGACAUAAGAUGAAGUUCCCAAAGUGGUUUAGGGAGAAGGUAUUCCAAUUACAUAAUGCACAUGCAACUAAAGCUAUGGAUGACUUAUACUCACUAGCUUGUGGACCUCAACUGUGUGUUCGAAAAUAUGCAUCUUGCAUAGUGAAUGGAGUUAGAUUCCAUACAAAAGAUCGUGAUAGUCGUCAUAAAACUCAAAAUUGUGGAAUUUCUGUGCAAGGAAAUCAUGAAAAUGAAUUGAUUGAUUUUUAUGGUGUGUUAAACGAUGUAAUUGAGUUGGAAUACAUUAAAGGAUACCGCAUUGUUCUUUUCAAAUGUGAUUGGUUUGAUAUUGGAAAAAGGUCAUUUAUUCAACAUGAUGGGAUAUUUACUAGCAUUAAAGUUUCAAGCUUUUGGUAUAAAAAUGAUCCAUAUGUUUUAGCUUCUCAAGCAAAGCAAGUCUUCUACCUAAAUGAUCCAAAGUUUGGAUUAAAUUGGCGAGUUGUUCAACAAUUUCAACAUAGACAUAUUUAUGAUGAAAAUGAAGUUGAUAGUAUACCAGAUGAUAAAGAUGACACACUUGAUAAUAAUGAUGUUUAUCAAGACAAUGAGAUGGUAUCUAGUAAUGGCAUAACUGUUGGACUAUCUGAUGACAUUUCUACAUCCUUGCAUAGAGUAGAUGUAGAAUCACACAUUGUGAAAGCUAUUAUUGUGCCAUCCGAAAGAAUUGAAGUUGAAGAAGAUUUUGUAAUAUCAGAUGAUGAAGAUGAAUCUCCUAUUGAGUAUGAUAGUAAUGAGGAAGAAAUGAAUGAUGAUUCUGAUGAAAUUGAAGAUUCAUAA